AUGAUCACUUCAGACUGUCGGGGGGAAAAUGUUGGUUUCUAUUUACACACUAUCUAUCUAUCUAUCUAUCUAUCUAUCUAUCUAUCUAUCUAUCUAUCUAUCUCAGUUUGUUUUUAUCUGUCUCUCUAUCUCAUUCUCUAUCUAUCUAUCUAUCUAUCUAUCUAUCUAUCUAUCUAUCUAUCUAUCUAUCUCUUUGUUUCUAUCUGUCUAUCUAUCUCAUUUUCUAUCUAUCUAUCUAUCUAUCUAUAUAUAUAUAUAUAUAUAUAUAUAUAUAUAUAUAUAUCGUUCUGUUUCUAUCUCGUUCUAUUUCUAUCUAUCUCAUUCUGCUUCUAUCUAUCUAUCUAUCUAUCUAUUUAUCUCAUUUUGUUUCUAUCUAUCUUAUUCUGCUUCUUUCAAUUUAUCUAUCUAUCUAUCUAUCUAUCUAUCUAUCUAUCUAUCUAUCUAUCUAUCACAUUUAAGCCUGAAUGUAACAAACUAAAAAUCCAGAUGUUCUCCUCUUUCAUCUAUCUAUUCAUCUAUCUAUCUAUCUAUCUAUCUAUCUAUCAUCUAUCUAUCUAUGUCUCUUUAUAG